AAAUGCUCCCAUACCGUUGGAUACGGCAUUUAAAAGAAAUGAUUUGAAGGUUUUAUUCAAAACUGUAAAGAGAUACUGUUUAGCUAAGUUCGAAACUAGACUUGAAAAGCUUAAGAAGGAUCUAGUUGGAGAAUCACAAAAUCCACAUAUUUUAUCUUUCAAAGAAUUUGCUAACAUUAAUGAUGUAAUUGAAGUGGGAUCUUACUAUUCAGCUUUGGUCGAUAUCACGGCAUGCGCCUGUAAUGUAAAGUACAAAAACCAAUUUUCUAAUAUGGAUGUAGUUACGUUGAAGCCUGUUUCAAUUAAUCGUCAACCCAUUUUUUCAUGGGCGAAUAUUAUUCAAAAGUUUGUUCAUGUUACCAAAGAGUAUGAAAAAUUCAAGAAAAGGUGUUUAGAUGAUGAUGAUACAUUGAAAAAAUUAAAGGAAGUAUAUAAGACAGAUACAAACGGCAAUCCACAAUUGGACAGCGAAAAAAUUGAACAACGCUUAUGUUUACAUGCGGAAAUGAACACAUUGACCAAUAUUAUAGACAGUAAAGAUAAAAAACCGACGUUUAUAGCGGUAUCUAAGUAUUGCUGUUACUUAUGUGAAUUAUAUAUCAAAUUUGCAAAUACCAAAGGAUACAAUAUCUUCACUUCUGGAGCACAUAAUAAGUUGUAUCAUAAAUGGGUACUUCCAGAUACAAAGGAUGUCACCCUCAAAAACGAUGCCCUGAAAUAUAUGAUAGCAGAACUUGAUCGGAUCAUAAGGAAAGAAUUACGAGAAAAGCACAUUGAUAUUAGGGCGAGAUCUGAUAGUGAAGGAGAAAGUGUUGAUUCCGAUAAUGCUAAACAUAUUGAUCAUUCAGAAGUUGAUGAUUUGAUGGAAGACUCGGAUAACUAG